AUGAGAUUAGCCCUAUUUAUAUUGUUUGCCUAUUCACGAAAAUCCAAAUCCAUACUGCGGAUACCAUUUACUAUUGACAUCAAACUUUCGUACGUUUGGGGCGAUGCUUCGAUGAAGGCAGGGAUACUCGUUAACAAUGUUGCAUUCAAUAUUACCCAAAACCUGAGUUCAGCUCUGCAUUCACUGCGAUAUAUUACUAAGCCACGCGUGAUGUUGAUUGAUUUCAUCUGCAUCAAUCAGGAAGAUUUGAAGGAGAAAAAUACCCAAUUGCCACUAAUGGGACAGAUCUACCGGGAUGCGAAUGCUGUCAUAGCGUAUGUUCGAACAUUAACCCCACAGAUUGAACAAGCCAUUUUGCUUUCUCGAAGAUUCCCGCGGCCCCUGUACACAUUGGCAGGUAUGAUGUGGCAGAUGGGCAAGGUGAAGUCUUACUUUUCACCACACACCUGGCGCCAGGAACUAUUGGAUAUAUUGAAUGCUGUUGAGGGAUGCCUGCAAAUCCGGUCAUCUCCGUACUGGUCACGAAUGUGGACCUUCCAGGAAUAUGUUUUACCAGGACAAGAUCCAAUCUGCAUUUGCGGCAAUGAGACGUUCAAACUGCCGGAGUUAAUGCAAUUAGAAAGUAAUUUCGACUCCCUCAUCGCCGCCUCCUUGAACAGGGUUUACACGUUACCUAUCAAGGAUCGGUCUGAAGCCCGUCAAAAUCAAGUCCUGCUGAGACAUCUUGACAAAUCCGCCCAGAAUUCAGCUCCCUAUGGGAAUCGUUAUGUUACACUUCUCACCGCCAGUGCAGCAACCCCCCGUGAUAGGGUCUAUGCCCUGUAUAGAAUUAGUCCUGGAAUGCAAGAGCUCCGCCCCCCGGAUUACAACAAGCCGGUGGAUCAAGUGAUAAUGGCAGCUGCAACAUAUCUCUUUGAAGUCGAGAUUGGGACACAUCUUUUUGAGUCAUUCCAUCUUCGUGAGGGGAACCUUACGAACCCCUCCCAUCCUUCAUGGCUCCCAGACUUUAGCAAAUCAACCCACGAGACCAGAUUCGACUACUGGCGUCAAGGCAGAGCCCUGGACAGUUCCCUUUUAAUUGGCAUGCCACAGGGGAGAGAAAGCAGCUUUGGUAUUCCCUUUAGAUUGCAUCUCUGGGCUAGACGGGUAGGCGUAUGCGACGUUGCCUUCCGCUUCAGUGCAGACAGAGAGGAGAUCAUCACGCAGAUUAUGCGAGUGUUCGAAGAGACUGCUUCUAAUUGGGGAAACUCACUGGGACAAUCUAAUCUUCCCCAGCGAUUUUUCGAUGCCUGUCUUGCUCAUACUCCUAAAUGGAAGGAAUUUUCAAUCAAUGAUGUAUUAGAAGCGCUGAUAGAUAUCCGCCAAGCAAUUCGUGAUGGUAAUGCCCCAGAGGACAUGACAACCCCUCGGGCACCAUUGGACUAUGCGUUAAUGGAGGAGCUACCAUUUCUCGCACACCGAAUUGUCUUUUCACUCUCUAGGUCUUCCACAGGGGGCUUCGGGAUUGGCGUUGAAACGGUUGAGGAUGGGGACGUUGUGGUACUUCCGGAAGGCAUGACGGCAGCAGUUGCCCUCAGAAGGUGGUCAUACGAUAGUAACAGUGAUGCAGAGGUCUAUAAAAUGGUUGGUCUUACGUUUGUGGAAGGUAUCAGAGAGCAGUUUGGAUCAAGGCCAACUCCUUUGUUGGUGGAUUUACGAGGACAGGGCUUAGAAGAGUUUAUUGUUUUGUAG